AUGUUGAGCACGGUAACAAAAAGCAGGAGCGUGGCUACGUGUGUGCGUGGCUUCGCAUCCUCGGCAAUUGCCUACAAGCCCAAAGAUGCCCAACAGGAAGCCAAAAGGAAAUUGAGACGAGAACAAGCUGUGAAGCAGAGAAACAAACAGGCUCCAGAAUCACAUCCCUUAUAUAUGACCGUGCCGCAGGCAAUGAGAUAUUUGAGAGCUGCUGAAGUAGGUCAACCAGCUAAGAAGACAACUGUCUCCAUUCUUAUGACCGUUCUUCCAGAAAGAGGAUCCAAGCCUUUGGCAGGUUCCGUUUAUUUCCCCAAACCUAUUAAGGAGAGUCAUGUGAUGAUAUUCAGUUUACAAGAUGAAAAAGUUAAAAUAGCCAAAGAGUUGGGUGCUACCCAUGUUGGAGGGUUGGACCUCAUUGAGUCUAUAAGCAAGGGUGAGAUCAAAUUGGACAAAAUCACGCAUGCAUUUGCAACCCCAGAGAUCGUCAAAGACUUACGAGCUAUAGCCAGACAGAUUGGACCUAAAGGGUUGAUGCCAGCAGCAAAAAAGGGCACUGUCUCUGAGGAUAUCGAGAGUUUGAUGCAGCUGAGUGUAGGUGCGUAUCCUUUCAAGCAAAAGGAACAACAUUUAUCUAUUCCAAUUGGCAGAUGUGACUUCAGCGACGAAGAGAUCAUCAAGAACUUGAAGGCUGCUUCAGAGGCCAUCUACGGCUUGCAACCUCCAGGAACUAGAAAGCCAAACUUGAUUGGCCAGACGUGUUUGAGCUCGACUUUGGGGCCAUCUCUUGUCAUCAACUUCAAGAAGACUUGA